CACUAAAUUUCUUGAGCAGAGAAGUGCCUCGGUGAUGAACAGUACAAGAGACUAGUUUUGGGAAAUGUAACAUGGUAGGACUGAAAGGACCCUUUUGAGCAGGGCAUGAAGAUGGAGGUAGGGGACCCGGGAGCGACUUCUGCAGCCACACAGGCCAGGCAGGCACUGUUCUAAGAGCUCAAAGUCCUAGCCUGGGAGAGUGUGGACCCAAGGAAGUGUGGCCAGGCUGGUGGGGCCUCCCCGAAGGCCUGCUUCUCCUUCACCCUCACAGCGUCAGCCCCACUGGAGGCAGAGCUCAUUGAGGCAUCUGGAACCCACGGAGGCCUGUAAGAGCUCCCUCGCUGCUCCUUGCCUUCCCUGGGUUGGAAGUGGGGGGGGGCUAGCCACUCCCACAACAACUUUCUCCUGCCCAUUCCAAUAAAAGCCUGUAUGUCCCAAGAGCCAGCUUCCCUGCCCCCAUAAGAGACCACUGAGUAUCAGACUGGUAGCAGGCCCCAGAAGUUAGUUGUGGGACAUUCCCUGAGCUCCAGUCCUGGGGAUGUUUAUUCUCUGGGCGGAGGGUGAGAAAGGAAACAAAGAUGUUGCAAUCCACUCCACGAACGUCAAAUGCGUCAUCUGAGGAGGGGGAGGGCCGGGGCAAAGGAGGGGCACCCUGACAUGGAGCCUGCCAGCUCCGUCAGCCCUGACUCGGCCCGGAGCUGAGCUCCCCACCUGCCGGUAGCCCAGGAGAUGGAGCAGCCCAGCCCACGUGCCCGGCCUUCCGCCCCUGACUUCACUUGAUAACAAACCAGAAACUGAAACAGGGUCGGGAUGCCGACUUGGAGUUAGAGAGGAGUCACUGCUGAGAGCAGCUGCAGUAGCUGAGCAGUGGCAGCAGAGAGGCAGACGUGAGCUGAGGGCGCAGAGGCAGGCAGCAUCUCUGAGGGUCCCCAAGGAACAUGGCUGGGAGCUGUGAGGUGGUGGCCAUGGACUGCGAGAUGGUGGGGCUGGGGCCCCACCGGGAGAGUGGCCUGGCUCGUUGCAGCCUCGUGAACGUCCAUGGUGCUGUGCUGUACGACAAGUUCAUCCGGCCUGAGGGAGAGAUCACCGAUUACAGAACCCGGGUCAGCGGGGUCACCCCUCAGCACAUGGUGGGGGCCACACCAUUUGCGGUGGCCAGGCUAGAGAUCCUGCAGCUCCUGAAAGGCAAGCUGGUGGUGGGUCAUGACCUGAAGCACGACUUCCAGGCACUGAAAGAGGACAUGAGCGGCUACACAAUCUAUGACACGUCCACCGACAUGCUGUUGUGGCGUGAGGCCAAGCUGGACCACUGCAGGCGUGUCUCCCUGCGGGUGCUGAGUGAGCGCCUCCUGCACAAGAGCAUCCAGAACAGCCUGCUUGGACACAGCUCGGUGGAAGAUGCGAGGGCAACGAUGGAGCUCUACCAAAUCUCCCAGAGAAUCCGAGCCCGCCGAGGGCUGCCCCGCCUGGCUGUGUCAGACUGAAGCCCCGUCCAGCCCGUUCCCCAGGGACUAGAGGCUUUCGGCUUUUUGGGACAGCAACUACCUUGCUUUUGGAAAAUACGUUUUUAAUAGUAAAGUGGCUCUAUAUUUUCUCUACGCCA